AUGAGGACUUCGCUGGUCAGAUCCGCUGGGGAGGCCCUGAGGAGGAGGGCCUCGUCCUCUGCAACGCCUUCGCUGGCCCCUUCUGCUCACACCCUCCGCAGAUCCUACGGAUCCGAGUCGACACCGGAGCGGAAGGUCGCCGUCCUCGGUGCCGCCGGAGGGAUUGGGCAGCCGCUCUCCCUUCUCAUGAAGCUGAACCCUCUCGUUUCCCGCCUCAGCCUCUACGAUAUCGCCGGGACUCCCGGAGUUGCGGCCGAUGUCAGCCACAUCAACACCCGUGCUGAGGUGAGUGCUUCCCGCUAUGUCGUCCUCGUCCUGCCAUAGCCAACCAUAUUCUGUCUUCGCCGGGAUUUUGAUCUUGGCAGGGUUUCGGUUUUCUGCUCCUCCAUGAAUUUCUGUUCAGGUGACUGGUUACGCGUCAGAGGAGCAGCUAGGGCUCGCCCUGGAGGGAUCCGAUGUGGUUAUCAUCCCCGCCGGCGUCCCAAGAAAGCCGGGCAUGACUCGUGACGAUCUUUUCAACAUCAAUGCCGGCAUCGUCAAGUCCCUCUGCACCGCGAUCGCCAAGUUCUGCCCGCAUGUAAUUCGAAAAACCCCACUCGUGGCGAAAUAUCCCUGUUAUUUAUUUAUUUUCUUCUUCCCCGUUCACGACUCUCACCAUUCUCGUCGGCGAACCAGGCGAUCGUGAACAUGAUAAGCAACCCAGUGAACUCGACGGUUCCAAUCGCAGCGGAGGUCUUCAAGAAAGCGGGAACCUACGAUGAGAAGAAGCUCUUUGGAGUCACUACACUUGACGUCCUCAGAGCUAAAACUUUCUACGCCGGGAAGGCUGGAUCUAUCCCUGCUGGUAAUACUCCGCCGUAUGUAAUGGCUUCUCUUAAUUUCGUGCUUUUCAACGAAUGGAUGUGAUUUUAUGUUGAAUCCUGAUGAUCACUCGGAUCUGUUUUUAUCCAGCCACCAACGUUCCAGUCGUCGGAGGCCAUGCUGGGAUAACCAUUCUCCCACUGUUUUCGCAGGCUCGUUCUUCGUCUCCAUUCUUUUCCAUCCGCUUGUUCUGUUCCCUUUGAUCAGUUAUCGCUGAAGAACGUAGAUAUCUCCGCCCUUUCCUGCUUAACAGGCGACUCCUGCGUCCAAUCUAUCCACCGAGGACAUUAAGGCUCUCACUAAGAGAACUCAGGAUGGAGGGACAGAGGUGGUGGAAGCGAAGGCUGGAAAAGGUUCUGCGACCUUAUCUAUGGCGUAAGUCACUGGACAAUUCUAUUCAGAAGCUCCUCUUCUGCAGUCAACGUCAAUCUCAAUAUUUUCACUUAUCUCUUCAAUCCUCUGCCCAUCUUCUGUCAUCUUUUUCUAGAAAGAAGAUGAUAAACAUACCCUCUUGGUUACUUUUUGCCGGCCAUCAUUGGCCAUCCGAUGAAAAAAAGAUUCUAGGGAUGUUUGGUUUCUAUGAGUUUCAUGUGAUGGUGAAGACCAUAAUGUAGUAUUCCUCGUUUCUCACACUCAUUCUAUAAAAAAAUUUAGACCAUAAUGUAGUUUCACGUGAUGGAAGACCAUAACUAUUCGAUUUUCUGUAUUGAAUGUCAUGAUUUUUUAUCUAUGGAUCAGUACCUGGCUCAGUGCUUUUUUCUUCAGAAAAUAGGAAAUAAAAAUCUAUCUUUUGUGCAUUCAUUCUGUAUAAUAUGUGAUGGUGAAGACCAUAGUGUAAUAUCCAUAGUUGCUCCCACUUAAUGUAUGAUAAACAUUUAUCCUAGUUGGGGUAUCUGGACUUUAGUCAUAGUUGCUGAUGAUGGGUAUCCUUCUAUAAAACUCUUCGGUUUUCGGCAUUGAAUGUAAUGAUUUCUUAUCGACGGAUCAGUAUCUGGCUCAGUGCUUAUGUCUUCAGAAAAUGGCAAGAAAAAAAAGACUAAUUUUUGUGCAUUCUUUCUGUAUAUUAUCUCUCAUCAAUGGGUCGGCACCUCACUUGUAUCACGUACUUCUGCAGCUAUGCUGGUGCCAUUUUUGCUGAUGCAUGCUUAAAGGGUCUCAAUGGAGUUCCAGACAUUGUGGAAUGCUCUUUUGUGCAAUCGAGCGUCACCGAACUCCCUUUCUUUGCCUCUAAGGUAUCUUAAAUUACCUCUAUUUUUCUCUAAACACCUUAUAAUCUAUUGUUAUUAUUAUCAGUAGUAAUAUUACUGUUAAUAUUAGUGUUUUUAGUGAAAUGAUAUAUUUUUUUAAUGCUGUGGAAAAUUUAAUGUCCGUGCUAUGUGGAUCUGGCUUACAAUGGUUUUCUGCGACUUCUUGUGUGAAAGUUGUGAAAUUUGCUUCGUUAAUUGGUCAUUGUUCCCUUUUUUAUGUGCUUCCGUAGACUCUGCCACCGGUUAGAGGGUCGCCCUCUCAUGGUGGGUUUCCUUCUUAUUUCCUGGUCCACCAGGAUAUUUUGUUUGAAAUAUUAUUUUACUUUUUUAAUUUUUCGGUAAUUAGUUAUCAUCAACCCUAUAAUUUUUUGUGGCCUUUUUUCUGUGAGUGCUUGAACUUUAGAUCAAAUAAUUUGGCCCAUUCCACAUGAUUAAAACCGGGUAUUAUUUCCAUCGCGACCCACCCUUUCUUUUUCCCAAUAAAUAAAAUAAAAAUAAAAUAAUUGGUGUUUAUUUUACUGACAUUUUAUGUUUUUUAUUACGUUAAGGCUGUGAUUUGUGGCAGAUGAAAAAUUAAAGUUUAACCCAUCGUUGCUUGUUUCCUGACGAAAUUAAAUUUAAUUAUUAGCGUUUCCAUUAUGCUGAAAUUUUAUUUUUUCAUUCAAUUAAAGCGAUGAUCGUUUCCCUGAAAAUAAACGUUGGAUUGUAUCAAGUUAUUGGAAUUUUCCCUAUCCCAGAAAUUUCUUUAUUAAUUCACACUUCCAAGAACAAAACUAUGUUAGCAACGACACCUAAUCUCGUUUGUUUCCCUAUUAGAUUAAAUUAUAAUUAUUUUUUUUCAUUUCUUGAAAAUCUCCCUUUCCGAUUGACUCAAAUCCAUGAUUUCUUCCGGAUGAAAAUGUCAAAGAUUAGCAGCAAUCCGAUUGUUGGUUGUUUCCCAAUUAAAUUAAAUUAAAUUAAAUUAUUGGAGUUUUCAUUGUACUGAAAAUUUCUUGCCUGUGAUCAAAUCAAGAGCCAUGGCCACUCAUAAGAACAAAACUCAAGGGUAUGGCAACGAGAUACAUCCGAUUAAACUGUGACACCAUGAAUUAUAUCAUUUAACUGUUAUGAAUGUGAUCACUCAUUGCAGGUGAGGCUGGGAAAGAACGGUGUCGAAGAAGUGCUGGGGCUGGGGCCCCUCUCAGGCUACGAGAAGGAGGGCCUUGAGAAUCUCAAGCCAGAGCUCAGAGCCUCCAUCGAGAAGGGCAUCAAGUUUGCCCGUGAGAAUUAA